AAAAAACAAGGCCCACACAACAAUUAGUGUUAAUUGCAUGUUACCCGAAAAUAAUUUUUUGCAAUUUCAACAUACAAGCCGCAUCAUACAUGUAUUUAUAUUUAUGUCGGCAAUUCUCUAUGUACAAGUUGUAGGUUCUCUCAAAUCACCAGCUACCAGUCAUGGGCGGCCCCAAUAUCUUAAAACUAAGUUGGAUUUUCUUUAUGGUUUACUUCGGGAAAUGCAGUCCCCCUGAAGAACCCAUAAAAUGUUCAUCCAAAACCAAUUUGAACUGUACCAUUACAAACUCUUAUGGUGCCUUCCCGGAUCGGGCCGUUUGCAAGGCAGCUCAAGCUGUUUUCCCAACCACAGAAGAAGAGCUCAUUUCUGUGGUGGCAAAUGCAACAAAGGAAAAGAGAAAAAUGAAGGUAGCAACUCGAUUUUCUCACAGCAUACCUAAAUUGGUCUGUCCAGAUGGUGAAGACGGAUUGCUUAUAAGUACAAAAUUCCUAAACAAGAUCAUUAGAGUGGAUCAAGAAAACAUGACUAUGACUGUUGAAAGUGGGGUGACAUUGAGACAGCUGAUCAGUGAGGCAGCCAAGGCAGGACUCGUCCUGCCUUACGCGCCUUACUGGUGGGGUUUAACCAUUGGUGGCCUAAUUGGGACGGGUGCUCAUGGAAGUACUCUUUGGGGUUUGGGAAGUUCUGUACAUGAUUACAUUGUGCAACUUCGAAUUGUCACACCAGCUGAAGCUGCACACAGUUAUGCUAAAGUCCGUACAUUGGAAAAUGGUAACCCCGAGCUGAAUGCAGCUAGAGUCUCCCUCGGCGUUCUUGGAGUUAUUUCACAGGUUACACUGAAAUUAGAACGAAUGUUCAAACGUUCAAUUACCCUCUCAGAAAGGAAUGACUCAUACUUGUCGAAAGAAGCAGCUAUAUUUGGGAGACAACAUGAAUUUGCAGAUUUUACAUGGUAUCCUAGCCAGCACAAAGUUGUUUAUAGGAUUGAUGAUCGAGUUCCUGCCAACACUCCUGGCAAUGCCCUUAAUGACUUUCUUGGAUUUCGCUCAACAGCUUCACUCGUCCUCGCCAUUUUAAGAACCACAGAGGAGACUCAAGAAUCAAUAAGCGAUGCUACUGCAAAAUGCUCAAUUGCCAAACUAACCACUUCCACACUGAAGAUUGGUGCUUAUGGGUUGACAAACAAUGGUUUGGUCUUUACUGGCUAUCCAGUUGUUGGGUUUCACAACCGAGUCCAAGCGUCAGGAACAUGCCUAGACAGCCUUGAAGAUGCAAGAAUCACAUCUUGCCCUUGGGACCCUAGAGUUAAAGGUCUCUUCUUUCACCAAACAACAUUCAGUAUUAGCUUAUCCAAAGUCAAAGGCUUCAUUGAAGAUGUUCAAAGGCUAGUUGUUUUGGAGCCUAGGUCACUGUGUGUGCUUGAUUUAUAUGAUGGCAUUCUCAUGAGGUACAUUACAACUUCAAAUGCUUACUUGGGUGAACAAGAAGAUGCUUUGGAUUUUGACAUCACAUAUUACCGAAGCAAGGACCCAAUGUCCCCUAGACUCUUUGAAGAUUUCCUGGAAGAGAUCGAGCAACUUGCAUUCUUCAAAUAUGGGGCCUUGCCACAUUGGGGAAAGAAUAGGAACAUAGCAUUUAUUGGGGCAAUCAACAAGUACAAAAAUGCUGAUAAAUUCUUGAAAGUGAAACAAAGCUAUGACCCAUUAGGUUUAUUUUCCAGUGAGUGGACAGAUCAAGUUUUAGGCUUAAAAGAUGGGUUGACCAUAGUGAAAGAUGGGUGUGCUCUGGAAGGACUAUGCAUUUGUUCUGAAGAUAUACAUUGUGCUCCAAAGAAGGGUUACUUUUGUCGACCAGGCCGAAUUUACAAAGAUGCAAGGGUGUGUACUCGUUUGUCGUCACGGUAAAGUCCUUAUAGUACAAACUAAUAUCUUGAUAUAUGAUGUAAAAUACAACAAGACCUGCAGUGAUGUGCACAGGAAGGAAAUAAAUACACACAUUAAUGUAACAAGUAAACCUUAAUAUAAUACACUUAAAUCUAUUUAUACAACUGUUCUUCAUAAGUUCU